AUGGAUGGGCAUGGGAGAGAAGAUGCCUGCAGGCUCUCUGCUGAUGGGCUCCAUUCUCAGCAGGUAUUGAGAGAGUCAGGUUCAGUCUCUGAAGGUGAGGAAGAGUCAGAAGGUGCUAAUCCAGAGACCCACGGGAUGGACUCACACGCACAAUACAUUGCCAUUCAAAGAAAUUCAAGGUACUACCGGUCAAUGAGGCUGCCGAAUAGAGGGAAGAGGAAGACUUCAAGAGAGGCAACACAUGUGGGGCAUGCCACAGGUUCACUCAAAAACAAUGAGACUGUCAAAGAGCCUCUGAACGUUUUAUCUCCUAAGGGAUCACCAUCUCCAGUAAACUCUGACAAGACAACCUUAGAUGAACUAUGGAUUCAAAGGCUGCUACCUUCCUACCCCCGUUACCGUGGCAACCGCCCGGGCUCCCCCAACUCCGCGCCGCUGCCGCCGGAGCUGCCGCCGGAGCUGCUCGGCAGCCGCCUGCCGCCGCCGGCCAUGGAGCUACUGGCUGCGGCUCUCAGCGCCGCCUGCGCCCUCGACCAAGACGGCUCGGCGGGACAUCCCAGCAGGGAGCCCCCGGCUGCUGCUGAGGAGAACCCCACCACCGCCACCACCGAGGCACCGCCGCCAGCCCACCCCAUGACAGCUGACUCCUGGAGGAAUCUCAUCGAGCACAUCGGGCUCUUGUACCAGGAAUAUCGAGACAAAUCUACACGCCAGGAGAUUGAAACCAGACGACUGCAGGAUUCACAGACAGACCCUGAAGAGAGCUCACCCAGCGAGGAAACCCCAACUGAAGUAGAACCUACAAGUACACCUGAAAGCAAAGGUCCACCACAGAUCAGUUUGCUGAGAAACUCCAACUCCAGGUUCAAUUUAUGGCAAGAUCUUCCUGAGAUCCGGAGCAGCGGGGUCCUCAGCAUCCUCCAGCCAGAUGAGAUCAAGCUGCAAGAGGCCAUGUUUGAGCUGGUUACAUCUGAAGCCUCAUAUUACAAGAGUCUUAAUCUGCUGGUGUCCCACUUCAUGGAGAAUGAACGUCUGAAAAAGAUCUUGCACCAGUCUGAGGCACACAUCCUCUUCUCCAAUGUCCUGGAUGUCAUGGCUGUUAGCGAGCGCUUCCUGUUGGACCUCGAGCAGCGGGUGGAGGAGAAUAUUGUGAUCUCCGAUGUCUGCGAUAUUGUCUACCAGCAUACAGUUAAUCACUUCUCUGUGUACAUCACCUACGUCUCCAACCAGACCUACCAGGAGAGAACUUACAAGCAGCUUCUCCAGGACAAGCCAGCGUUCCGGGAAGUGAUCUCACAGCUGGAGCUGGAUCCCAAGUGCAAAGGCCUGUCUUUUUCUUCCUUUCUAAUUCUGCCAUUUCAAAGGAUCACUCGACUCAAGCUGCUGGUGCAGAAUAUUUUGAAGAAAGUGGAAGAGAAGUCUGACAGAGAAUCCACUGCCCUGGAUGCACAUAAAGAACUGGAAACAGUGGUGAAAGCAUGUAAUGAAGGUGUCAGGAAGAUGAGCCGAACAGAGCAGAUGAUCAGUAUCCAGAAAAAACUAGAAUUCAAGAUCAAGUCUGUGCCCAUCAUCUCUCACUCCCGCUGGCUGCUAAAGCAGGGAGAAUUGCAGCAAAUGAAUGGUCCAAAGACAUCACGGACACUUCGCACCAAGAAACUCUUCAGAGAAAUCUACUUGUUCCUUUUCAAUGAUCUGCUGGUAAUUUGCCGGCAAAUCCCUGGGGACAAGUACCAAGUGUUUGACUCAGCUCCCCGGGGGCUUCUUCGGGUAGAGGAGUUAGAAGACCAGGGGCAGAGUUUGGCCAACGUCUUCAUCUUGAGGCUGCUGGAGAAUGCGGAUGACCGGGAGGCCAGCUACAUGCUGAAAGCAUCAUCCCAGAGUGAAAUGAAGCGCUGGAUGAUUUCACUGGCCCCGAACCGGAGAACCAAGUUUGUCUCAUUUACAUCCAGGCUUGUUGACUGCCCGCAGAUCCAGUGUGUCCACCCUUACUUGGCCCAGGAGCCAGAUGAGCUGUCCUUAGAACUAGCGGACGUCCUCAACAUCCUGGACAAGACAGAUGAUGGCUGGAUAUUUGGGGAGCGUCUUCACGACCAGGAGAGGGGCUGGUUCCCCAGUUCUAUGGGGGAGGAGAUCCUGAACCCCAAAAUCCGAGCUCAGAACUUGAAGGAGUGCUUCCGGGUGCACAAGUCAGAUGACAGCCAGCGGAGGAAACUGGGCAGUAGAAACCGCCAGUGA